AUGCAGGGCGGAGGCGGCGGCGGCGGCAGCGGCAGCAUGCACACGGACGAUGACAGCCGUGACCACCCCCAGUCGCCGCACCACCAGGGCUCGACUUCGGCAGAGCAGGGCGAAGGCGGCCGCAAGCGCGGCCGGGGCCCGAACGUCCAGCAGCAGAGCCAGUCUGCGGCGGCUGGGCCGGGCAGCAGCGAAGACCAGGAGGCGAAGCUGCGGCGCCAGCAGAUGCUCAACAAGGCGGCGCAGCAGCGGUACAGGCAGCGGCGGAAGGAGCGGCAGCAGACCAUAGAAGUGUCUCUGAACCAAAUGCAGGAACAGAACUCAGCCUUGCAGGCCCAAGUCAUGGCUUUGGAAGCGGCCCUGAUGAGCGCCAACAUGCAUGCACAGGCGGCGGUGCAGCAGCCCAUGCUGAUGCCCGGCCUGCCCGUCGCUCUCGCGGGCCCGAUGAUGCUGAUGCAGCAACAUCCCCCGAUGAUGGCGCCGCAACAGGGCAUGCAGCCGGCGGCGCAGGUGGUGGUGCAGCAGCAGUUGGCGCAGCAGGAGCAGCAGGAGCAGACGCAGCUCGCGCUGCAGCAGGGCAGUGCGCAGCUGCCGCCGAUAGCGCCGUUGCAGCUCGACCAGCAGCAACAAGUACAGCAGCAGCAGCAGCUGCAGCAACAGCAGCAACAGCAGCAGCAACAGCAGCCGCAACAGCCGCAACAGCCGCAACAGCAGCAACAGCAGCGGCAGCAGCAGCGGCAGCAGCAGCAGCAGCAGCAGCAGGUGGCAGGGCCGCCCAACGCAGACUGGCGGGCCUCCCUGCGGCCACAGGAGGGCUCUGGAGGCAAUGGCAGCAGCACCGGCGCCAGCCCUGCGACAGCCGCGCCGCUGUCGGGCGCACAGGCGCUGCACAUGCAGAGGGCUGCGGCCUUGAAGACGUUUGUCCAGGAGCACAACCUGUGGGCCCUCCUGAGGGCAGGGGAGCCUCUCAACCCCUCGCUGGCAGGCCAGCUCAGGGGUAUGGUCAGCGCCUGCGCCGAGAGCUGCGCCGCCGCGCUCGACGUCGGCUCGCCCGAGGUUGCGUGGCCGAUGGGCACGUCUCACGACGACCUCACGCACGUCGCUGCCGCCGCCGCUGCGGUUGUGGUGGGCGCGGCGGCCGCCCAGGCGCCGGGCCGCACGGGCGAUAAACAGAAGUGGCUGCAGGUGGUUGCUGACAUCAGCCUGGGUGACGACCAGAUGUGCGAGCUGCUGCGGCUGCGGGCCGAGCUGCUGGAGGGCCUGGGCCACUGCCUGGCGGAGAGGAGGGCGCUCGCGGAGAGGCUGCUCGCAUGCUGCAGCGUGGCGCUCGCGCCCGGCCCGCCCGCGACGCAGCUGAUGGCCGCGCAGCAGCAGCACCAGCAGCAUUUGGCGCAGCUGCAGCAGGCAGGCUAUGUGGACGGGAUGGCCCGCAGUACGCUGUCCAUCCGGGAGGCAGUGCUCCAGCUGCAGGCCGGCAUCGCUUACGAGGGGCAGCUUCUGCGCGACUUCACGUCCCAGAUUAUGACGGGCCUGCUGGCGCCAGAGCAAGCCGCCAUCAUGGUGGCACACCACCCCAACGGCACGGGUGAGCAGGGCGGCGCAGCGGCGCCUGGCCUGGAUACGUCCUGCAGCUGA